AUGAUCGUCUGUGGCUCUGAUAGGAGGAGUUUAACGGCUGUAUAAGAGUGUGUCCCAGUCUCAGAUCUCUCAGGAUUCACAGCUGAUCUCACUGAUCUUCAGAUGGAGCUCCUAGUGUUUGGGAUUUUACUCUCGGUCACCUUCAGCGCCGUUCAAGGCGUCACUCCCAGAUGUUGUGUUGAAACGAUUAAAAGGUUUCCACUCGAGAUUCUGAUGAAAGUGAGCAAGUAUGAGGUCCAGACGAGCCACGGCGCCUGCGCCAUCGACGCGCUCAUACUUCACGCCAGAGACCAGCGAUACUGCGCCACGCCCAAACUCCAGCGAUUCCUGCAAAUCUUACUGAAGCUCAAAAUGCGGCACGGUCUGAAAACCACUGCCUCUGCUGUUUGAAAGAACGAGAUCCCCGACAAACAUUAGUCAGAAUUCACUCAAAGAUCCUGAAAGCGUUUAAUCAUUGCUUCUGUUUGCAUGUUUUCUACGUCUCCAUAUUAAUUCAUUGAGCUUGCAUUCGUAGCUGCUCCUUUUUGUUUAAAGCUUUGUUUUGAUAACUGCUUUCUUACAAUUUUUUAAAUAAAUGUGGAGUAUGAGAAAGGCACAUAAAUCAAAAUUAUUGCAUGCUUCAAGGUGGAAACAGUUUCUUGUAUCUUUUAUUGAAUUGAAGAGCUGUUAGUUUGAUGGAUGAAGUUGCUUUGUUUUUUAUUACUUUUUUUAAACAAGGGUUUAUAAUGAAAAACAUCAAUCUUAUAAAAAACAGUGAAGACAAUUACGCUAUACAUAUAUAUAUACUGUUGCAAAGCUGAAAUUUCAGCAUCAUUACUCCAGGCUUCAGGUUCAUGUGAUCCUUCAAAAAUAAAAUGUAUUAAAAAAGGAAUA